AUGGGGUCCAGUGCACUGCCUCUCAUGCUCUGUUCACCUUCACUGACUGUGACUCCAGACAGUCCUGUAUUCACUGGAGAGACAGUCACUCUGAAGUGUGUGAUUCAGACUCACAGUGACUGGAGAUAUGAGUGGUUUAAAUACAGCACAAACAAUCCAAUGUUACAGACGUCUGAUCAUUACACUGUAAACAGAGACACUCUCACUAUCAGAGGAGUAAAUACAUCUGAUCAGGGUCAGUACUGGUGUGGAGGACAGAGAGAUAAAGGAACAAUCUCAUCAUAUUCAAACACUGUUUAUCUCUCUGUGGAAGAUUUACCCAGAUCUACACUGACUGUGACUCCAGACAGUCCUGUAUUCACUGGAGAGACAGUCACUCUGAAGUGUGUGAUUGAGACUCACAGUGACUGGAGAUAUGAGUGGUAUAAAGACAGUGUAAUGUUACAGACGUCUGAUCGUUACACUGUAAACAGAGACACUCUCACUAUCAGAGGAGUAAUUACAUCUGAUCAGGAUCAGUACUGGUGUAGAGGACGGAGAGAUGAGAGACCAAACUCAUCACAAUCAAGAUCUGCUGUUUCUCUCUCUGUGAUCGAGAGACCAAAAGCUGUAGUGAAGGUGAGUCCAGAUGAGCGUGUGUUCAGAGGAGAGACAGUCACUCUCACAUGUGACAUACAGAGAGCAGGAGACAUUCAGUGGACAUACAGCUGGUUUAAAGAUGGAAACACUCACAAUCCAUACACAACAACAACAACAGCAGAGAUCAGUUUCACAGCUGAUUACAGUGCUGAAUACAGCUGUAGAGGAGAGAGAUCAGACUCACAGAGAUCACACAUCAGUGCUGCUGUUACACUGACUGUAUCAGAUAAACCGAAGCCGGCUCUGACUGUAAAACCCCAGAGUUCAGUGUUCACUGGAGACAGAGUUACUCUGAGCUGUGAUGUGGGACAGUUAACUGGAUCGACAAUUCUCUGGAGAAAAGACUCAAACCCUGAAUCCACGGGUGAUGAAACUAAAACAAUCGAGUCUGUGAGCGUCUCUGAUGAAGGAGAGUACUGGUGCAGAGCACAACGAGGAAACUACUACAGCGAGUUCAGUAAUACAGUUAAGAUUACAGUAAAAGCUUCAUCUUCUCUUCUGGUCACUGCUGUGGUUGUGGGAUCGAGUGUUUGCUUGUUGAUCUUCAUCUCACUGAUGCUGCUGUGGAGAUACAAGAAGAACAAAGAUCAGCAGCGUAACAUUAACCAGACAUCAGUCCCAAAUCAAUCUGCAGAAUCUCAACCAGAAAACUCUCCUCUACAGUCUGAUUCUGAUCAGAUUUGUGACGUUGUGACUGAAGUGAAGAAGAGAGACAAAGGUGAUCCGGAGCCAUUGGCAGAUGUCACAUAUUCAGAGAUCACUGUCAAGAAAAACAAGAAAAAAAGAUGAUGGACAAAGG